AAUCACGACGUAAGCGCGGUGAUUCGGAACUCAGCGUAUCUUUGCUUACUUACUGGCACUUACUCUGGGAAGAAUCAAUGUCUCACUCCCCUGGCGACAAAGUUUUCGCUAAGAUAAAAGGAUUCCCCAACUGGCCUGCUAGGGUAAAUCCUCUUCCACAUGAUGUACAAAUACCCAAAGGAAAACUUCCUAUAUUUUUCUACGGAACUUAUCAAGUUUCAUUUGUUUCCGUCAAGAAUAUUGUUCCUUACGAGAAAUUCAAAGAUAAGUGGGGAAAGCCAAAGCCAAGCGCACAGUUCAUGACAGCUAUGAAAGAAAUCGAAGCUAAUCCAGGCAUCUAUAUGUUGGGAGAGGUAAUAUUAUUUCUAUUAGACUGAAACCUACCUAGGAUCCUAGAGCUGAGGAAUUUCUGCUUCAGUUCUAUGACUUUAAACCAAUGGGCAGUGAAUGUGUUCGCCAAUACAAACGUCAACAUUCCAGGAAGUCAAAAGUUGACAAUGAUCAACCACUCAGUACUACUAAUCAAGGGACAAGUAGUAGUGGUGAUCAAAUAAAUCGUGUCAGUGAUGAUACAUCGAGUGAAAUAAGCACAGAUCAAUCGAGAGUCAAUAGCUUAGACCCAGCUCCGGAAGAUAGUAAUGAUGAAGAGACAUUGAUAGAUAAUACAAAUCAUCAUAUACAGUUUAAUAAUUAUCAACAAAUGGAUAUAAGUUGUUCGGAGAGGCUUAGCCCUAGUUCAACAAUUGAUCGUCCAUCUGAUGAAAAAGAUUCUUAUCAAGAGAAUAGAGAAGCUCGUCGACUUGCUCGUAAAAUGCAGAAAAAAGCUGAGAAAAAAGCUUUAAAGAAGGCUGCUAAACGAGAGGCAAAACGAUUAGCAAAAGAGAAACGAGCUGAAAGACGUGCUCGACGAGAAGCUAAACGUGAAUUAAAACGUCUUCAUAAACUGGAAAAAUCUCGUUUAACGGAACAAGAAAAUUUAAAUUUUGAUGUUCAAGAAUCGAAUACGAGAAAUCCUGACGUUAACCAAGAGAGCUCUAGUAAUCAUGCAUGGGAUGACAAUCAAUGGUCUCCUGCUUCUCAUUCUGAGCCUGUCCAAACUAAUGAAGAUUCUACUGACUCCAGUUCCAACAGACCCAUCCUGCCUACCUUGGACGAUAGAUGUGCCAGUCCGCUUCAAUUCAUGCAUCAACCUGAUGAUGAUAGUAUUUUUUCAACUCAUCAAAAUGAUUACUCUUCUUCUAAUGGAGAACUUUUAGCUAAAGAAAUAAAUUUCUCAAACACUACACCAUUAGAAUAUGAUAAACACCAAUAUUCUACCGGAAUUAAACGUACAGGAAUAUUAUUUCAUUCGAAUGGAAGUGAUAAUGAAGGUUCUCAACUAUUAAAUGGUGGAACAAUUAAAUCGGGAAAUAGUGAAAUUCCUCCGAAGAAAAAAGCUAAAACAGUAUUAAUGAAGAAUAAUGAUGAUGAUGACGUCGACGACGGAGACACAGUGUGUCAUCCUGAAAUGAAAAUUAUGUCAUCGUCAAAAUCAAAUAGUCAUCACUCUCAAACGAACAAUGAAAAAGAUGUCAAACAAUCAGCAGCAGUAAUCGAAGCUGCUGAUUCAUUAGUAGUUGAGGCGUCUGACAAUUCAAAACCAACUAUUCCUGAACCUUUUUCGGAAGCUGUCACUAAACAUGGCGUCGUCACUACUACUAGUAAUAAUAAUAAAAAACGAAACAAGUCUGUACAACAACGUUCUCGUUUACGUAAAAAGAAACCUAACGCUAUAUUACUUGAUUCAGAUGAAGAUGAAAUGAAUUCUGAAAAGAAAGUAAUUAACCUACGUGAUUCCUCACCAUCAUCAUUAUCAUCUCCAUCACCUUUAUCAUUGUCGAAUGAUUCUGACAUAGAGAAUUCAAAGAGCAAAGAUCAAUUAUCUUCACAGUUAAAAGAGAAAAGUCGAAAUUCUUCACCAAAACCGUCAACAAUAAACAAAUCCAAUCGAACUAGAAAAUCGAGAAAUCAAAAAUCUAAUCAAAAAACUAAUAAUAAUAAUUUGAAAGUGAAAAGAAAACAAUCAGAAGUCAAACCAACUGCAGCAUCAAAUACCAGUGUACAGGAUGAAAAAAGAAUCUCUAACGAUUCAAGUGGUAUUCGUCAGGCUGCAGCAUCAAAUGAUCCUGUCACUCAGUUGAAUCAAUGCUGUCGUGACCUGAAAACCAGUCUAAUCAAAGGCCACGAGAAUUUUGCUGAAGCGGUACAACUAUUGAAUAAAGUUCGUUCUAUCCCUGUUCGACUUCCUCAGUUAGCUGAAGCUUGGGAUCUUAUGGAUUGUAUUAAAAAGUGUCGACGGUAUAAACUGUCAAAUGAAGUUCGUGAAGCUGCUCAAACAACAUUUCAAUUUUUUCAAUCUUUACAGGCGAAUACUACCAAAGAAGAGCUCUCUCAAGCACAGGCACUUAUUGCAUCUCAUCAAAAUCGUAUUCAUUCAGUUCAAGAUUCUGUAAUGGAAAAUACUUCAAAAACUGAUUCACUGUCCAUUUCCGCUGAUGUUGAUAAUAAACAAACACUACAAAAUAAUACAAAUUCAAAUAACAGUUCCGAAUCAAUAUCGGAUAAUACCACCACCACUACUACCAAUACUACUACUACUAUUACAAUUGAACCUGAAAAUUUAACAGCUGAUUUAGAAGCAAAAGUCGAUGAUGUCCUAUCACGAAUACGUGCAACAGAAGAACGAAUGGCUGCUGCCGCCAUUUCAUCUACACGGUCUGAUGCACCAUAUAAAUCUAUAUCUAAUCAUGUAACCAAUUCCUCUAUAAGAUCUACAGGAGGUCGAAUAAUUAGGGCAUCGGCCGUCGCUGCCGCCACUGCUCAUAUGCAUGAUGAAGAAGAUGAAGAAUCGGUCAUGUCACGUGUCGAACAAGUAGCCGCUUACGAGGCAGGCGCAAUAAAUUAUCCAAAUCCAGCCAGUUUAGGAUCUCCACCCCCGCCUCCGCCGCCCCCGCCAUCAUUAUCUUUUGGCUCUGUUGGUCCGUCUGACCAACUUGAAGCAAAGGCAUCCCCUAGUGUUGACCAUCUAGAUCUUGAUUCACGUAUACAAUUGUUUAUGUCGGCAGCUAGUUCACAAAAAUCUGCUAAGUCAUCUAACUCAAAACCUGUAGUCACUGUAGGUAAAUCAGAAAUGACACCUACAACACGAUCUCAUCACAUUCAGCCGAAUUUAACGAGUAUAACCUCAUCGACAUCGUCGGCCUCCACUUUAUCUUCUACAGUUGCAUUAUCAUCGUCAUCCAGUCUAUUACCAGUUCUUUUAGCUAAGCGUAAAGUAAUAGCGGAUAAGUUAGCUGCAGUUAAAGCAUCUGGUUCUCCGAUCAAAUCAUGUCAUCCAGUCACUUCACCAUUACCAUCACCAACAUCCAUUAAUAAUGAAUUCAAUAUUGUAGAAAAAGUAUCCUCUUCAGUUAUUACUACACCCGCUAGUACUACUACUACUGCUACUACUAUUCAUACACCUCCAUUAUUGACCAAAAUGUCGAAUACUGCAAAAAUGCCUUCGAAAGAUGAAGAAUUGUAUGAUUUAUUAGGUGUGUAAAUUUUUAACUGGUCUCCUUUCAUUAUUGUUAUUAUUAUUAUUAUUACUACUAUUUUUCAUGCACAGUUAACAAUAUAAUGAUAUUUAUAAUAUUCUAAAGGUUUACUCUCUCUGUCCCUCUCUCUCUCUGUGUCUAUACACACAUAGAUAUGUAUUUAUAUUAUCUAUCCUAUGAAGAUUGUGUUCAUAAACAAUAUUGACUUAUUAAUUAGCCUCUUAUCUAAAUUAUUUCUGUGUAUAAAACAGUGUAUUUAAUAAUGAUAUAUAAAUAAAGUUUGUAUAUCAUCACCAGUGUAUAAAUACAAACUGUCGGAGAUGAACAUAAUUGUUCACUUUGAAAAUAAACAACUAAACUCUGUAUCUAAAUUUUACUCAAGUGUUUGUAUUCACUUAGUAUACUUCUUAUUGACUAAUUUGUAAUUUACAGUUUUAGGAUCCUUCGUGUGUGUGUGUGUGUAUGUGAUCGCGUACGUGCGUGUUUACCAUUACGUGGUAUUGUCCAUUGUCGUUAUUAUCUAUCAACACAAUUAUUAUUACUACUGUUUUCUUUAAUCUCCGUAGCCCCAUAAGCCUAUAUAUAUAUUCACCAAUGUAUCGUAUCUGUUUUGGGGAAAUGAAGCCUCUCUUUCUGUUAGCACACUCUCUUCUUCCUCUCUCUUAGUGAUGGUUUUUUGUUGUUGUCUUUUGUACUGUUCUUCUCUUUGGAUCUUGUGUUCUGUGUAUUCUUGCUCUAUUUUGUUCUCUUUCUCUCCCUGUCACACACACACACAUAAAUCUGCAUAUACAUUUCUAUCAUACGUACGGAUAUUCAAUAUCCAUUCUCAUAAAUUACAAAAGUGUUUUCUUAUUUUUAUGUGUAUAAUUUUAAUAAUUCCUUGUUUCUAACUACCAUUUAUAAUUCAUUGUCUUCGUGGUACUUAACUAACUAAUUAACUUGGCUUUAUUUCAUUAUAAUCAGAAAUCAUAAUAAAAAGAAAACUGAACAAAAUAAAUGGAAAGUUUCAUCAUGGUAUCUAAUGAGUUGUAUGUACAACUGAAACGUACAAUGGCGUAUUAUAUAUUGGAGCAUAUUCUUUUUUAUUCUUACAGCAAUUAAUUACAUAGUUUCUACUUGGAAUACAAGCACACUAUGGUAUAUAAAUCUAUUCUGUAGUGUGUGUGUGUGUAUACAUGUGAAUGGGUGGUAUACCCUUUCUUUAUUACAGGUUUACAUGUUCAUCUCUACACAUGGCAACAUAUUUCAUUUCAACCAAAUUCCACAUUUAAAAACAAAAAAAAACACAUUUCCUCAAUAUCAGGUAAAAUCUACUAGUUAACACUAUACAUUCAAUUAAACAAAGAAUCUAUACUUGAAUAUAUAUAUAUAUAUACAUUAACGUCUAUUUCUAGUUAAGAAAAGAGUCAGUACAACUAAUGUAUCUGUUUUAAUCCCAACAUAUUUUUUACUAAAGUAUAUUUUUGUGUGUUCAAUGAUUAACAUCGAAAUAAGGAUUAUUAGAGAAAGGGAAAUUAUUAUAGUCGAGUGAUUUUGUAUAUUCAGUGUUGUUUUUAUUAUUAUGAUCAUUAACAAACAUCUAGCUUUUUGGUUAAUAAUAAUUGGUUUAGUGAACUAUGUACUGUAACUGUAACUCACUAAUGUUAAGAUUUCAACCUCAUUUCAUCAACUUUAAUUUCAGGAAUUUGGUUAUGUAGUAUUAUUAGCCCCGUUACAUUUAGAAGGUGACUUAAAGGUGGUAACUACACUAAUCUAGUAACUAAGUGGAUAACACUUUAAAAUUACAAUGUAAAUGUUAAAAUUAAUUAAUCAAUGAUUAAUGCUUACCACUAUUCACAAGUGGUAAUGGAAUAUAUCCAGUAAAUAGUUAUCUUAUCGCUUUAUGUGUAAUAUGAAUCUCUUCUAUUUAUUAUAGAUAGUUCUUUUCUAGGUUUCUAUGCAUAAAUGGUUAGUUACAUUCCUUUUUUUUUGAAAAAUCAUACUCUAAGUAGGCAAUAUAUUGAUAUUGUAUGAAAUUGACUUAUAAUAAACUUGACUUGUUCACUAAAAGCAUUUCAGUUUUUAACCCCUGAAUAUAUAUAGAAAUUAUCACCUGUUUGAUUGAUUAUCUUCUCUGUAGUAAACACAGUUGUGUCAAAAUGUUUACUCCUCAUUUCAACACUUGAUAUCCGGUAUAUAUGUUUACUCGCUCUCAGAGUACUCUCGAUAUCGUUUUUUGUUGUUGAUGAUGAAACGUCGCUUUUUUUUCAAUAUAUGAAUUGUAUUUCCAUUAUCUCAUAAUUGAAUUCAAUUUUCAGUCAUCCUACUAGCAUGUGUUUAUA